GCCUUUGCUAUGACUUUUUUCACCUCUAUUUUCAUUUUUGUGAACUUUUUUCUUUCUUCUACCGUUGCUGAAAGAGUACUGGAUGCUUGUAUUUGAAUUUGUGUCGCUCAGAAUCCUGAAACAUUUUUUGCGAUUUUCUUUCAAAUCUUUUCCAGCAUCAACCCAGUUACUCCCCACCCCCCUCCUUUUUACGUGAAAUACAAUAAUAUUGGCUGCUAUUGAGCUUGUGCUUGACGGCGUGUUUGGCUUCUACCCUCUGAAAUGCAUUUGUGAUUGCAGUUGCAAAGAAUUUUUAAUAGACGAUGUUUGUACUACCUCCCGGGCUGAAUGGGUUUUCGAAGACAACGGAAAGGAAUCCUUCCUGGAAGUUCCUCUUCUUGUUUUUCAUAUUUAUGCUGCUUCUGUGUUUUGGAUCUUGAUUUUGUUGUCUCAAUUGAUUCUAGGCUUUAUGGAAUGGAAGUUUGACAAGUAUUCAUCAUGGAAGAUGGUGCAUCCAACAACACAAUUAAUUUCAAUCUCAUGGAUGAACUCUUCUUUGACGGUUUUUGGUUAGAGACUACUUAUGGAUCCAACUUUUGGCAGCCUACUGCAUCUAAUUCACCCAAUUUAACUUCUCCUCCAUGCUCCUUUACUAUUUCAGAUACUAACUUGAACUCAACUCCACAUCAGGAAAGUUUCUUAAAAGAAAUUGAAAGACCAAAUUUCAUUGAUAAUCUAACUUUUAACUCUUCCCAAAUGGAUGAAUUUCCUGGAAAUCAAGUGCAAAACCAGCAAGGCACUUCUCCUCCAACAUCUGUAUCCCAAUCUUGGGAUUUUCUGGUUGAAGGCACCGAAGCAAAUAGAAGGUUGUGGGUUGGACCAAGUAGAAAUCCAACCCGUACUAUUUCACCGAAGAAGAGACUGGUGCAGGCUAUUGAGUACCUGAGAGACUCCACAAGAGAUAGAGACGUCCUUAUUCAGAUUUGGGUGCCCAUAAAAAAAGGAGGCAGGCAUGUUCUCACAACUUACAAUCAACCAUUUUCAUUGAAUUCAAACAGCAAGAGUCUUGCAGAGUACAGAGAUGUCUCUCGAAAUUAUCAAUUUGCAGCUGAGGAGGACUCUAAGGAUCUUGUCGGGUUGCCCGGUCGGGUCUUCUUGAAUAAAUUGCCAGAAUGGACUCCUGAUGUUCGCUUUUUCAAAAGAGAGGAAUAUCCACGAGUUGAUCAUGCACAGCAGCACAAUGUUAGCGGAUCACUUGCACUUCCUGUUUUCGAAAGAAGCAGCGGCAACUGCUUGGGAGUCGUCGAGAUUCUGACAACAAGUCAGAAAGUCCCUGAACUUGAAAACGUUUGUAAAGCUCUCGAGGCAGUUGAUCUGAAGAGUUCUGAAAUCCCGAGUUCGCUGAAAGCGGAGGAUUGCAAUGAGCCUUACCGAGCCGCUUUGACAGAGAUUAAAGAUGUCUUGAUAUGUGUCUGCACCACACAUAAAUUGCCUUUGGCACAGGCCUGGGCGCCUUGUAUUCAACAGGGUAAAGGCGGUUGCCGGCACUCUGACAAGAACUAUAUUCAUUGUGUUUCGACGAUUGACUCUGCUUGCUAUGUGGCUGAUCCACAAGUUGUUGGCUUUCAUAAGGCAUGCUCAGAUCAUCAUUUACUUAAAGGCGAAGGCAUUGUUGGGAAAGCAUUCAUGACAAAUCAACCAUGUUUUGCUGAGGACAUGACAGUUUUCUGCAAGACGGAAUAUCCUCUCUCGCAUCACGCAAGGAUGUUUGACUUGCGCGCUGCUGUGGCAAUACGUCUCAGGAGUACAUACACUGGAACAGCUGAUUUUGUUUUGGAAUUUUUCUUGCCACCAGAUUGUAAAGAUUCUGAAGACCAGAGAGAGAUGCUCAACUCACUGUCCUCGGUCAUAAAACAAUCUUGUCAGAGUUUACGUGUUGUUAUGGAUCAGGAGUUGGCCGUAGAAACUUCAUUUCCAAAGUCUGAUUCUUUGGAAUCUCACAAGGAGGAGCCGACAGAAGAGUUCCGGGUGACAACAGAAUGGGAUAACUCUGGGAUGGAGAUACAUUAUGUGCCGGUAUCCUCAGAGAAUAACAUCCAGCAAGAUUCUGUAUCCAAAGGAACUGGCGAAGGUACUGGAGACUUCUCUUUUGUUAGUGAGCAUGCGUCCUCAGGUUCUAAAAGAACAAGUCAAAAGAUGCGAACCAAGACUGAGAAGACUAUUAGCUUGCAAGUACUUCAGCAAUACUUUGCUGGGAGUCUAAAAGAUGCUGCCAAGAAUAUAGGGGUGUGUCCCACAACCUUGAAAAGAAUAUGCAGACAGCAUGGAAUCACAAGGUGGCCCUCUCGAAAGAUCAAAAAAGUUGGUCACUCAUUGAGGAAACUUCAAGUUGUGAUGGAUUCAGUCCAGGGUGCCGAGGGUUCUAUUCAACUUAGUUCUUUCUACAACAACUUCCCAGAACUUGUAUCCCCAAAUUUACCAGGAAGCAGCCACUUAUCAACAUCCAAGAUGAGUGAUCAUUUAGAGCAGUUGAACAGACAGCCCGAUGGCAGCCUAUUAAGCCCAGGAAACACUACUUCAAAAUCACCUUCUUCUUCGGGUAGUCAUAGCUCCAGUUCUAGUUUCUGCUGUUCUACCGGUUUGAAGAAAUCAUCAUUCCCCUUCAAUGUCUCCAGCAGUGGAGAAGCUUUAUUAGCUGAACAGACUGGAGGGAUGCUAAAGAGAGCACGGAGUGAUGCAGAAUUACUCGACUUGGGCCAAGAUGAAACAAAGCUUCUGGUUAGAUCCCAAAGCCAUAAGAUAAUCAGUGAGCAUGCAUCUAUUGAGGCUCCACUUCCCCUGCCAAAGAGUAGAAGCCAGGUGUUGCAUGAUGUGAGUAAUUUAAGAGUAAAAGCCAGUUUUGGGGAAGAAAAGAUCCGGUUCAGUCUGCAACCAAACUGGGGUUUUGGAGAUCUACAACGAGAAAUUUUUAGACGUUUCAAAAUAGAUGAUGUCAAUAAGGUUGACCUAAAAUAUUUGGAUGACGAAUCUGAGUGGGUGCUUUUGACAUGUGACGCGGAUCUUGAAGAAUGUAUAGACAUACACAAAUCAUCAAGGAGGCACACAAUGAAACUUUCUGUCAAUCAAUCUUAUCAUCCAAGUCUUGGAAGUUCAUUUGGUAGUAAUGGUGGCCCAUUCUAAAGAGAAUCUACUUCCAUGGAAAGAAAAAUACUUCUACGAGUUCUGAAUUGGACUUCCACUUCAAAGCCAGAAACUUGGCAAAAGAUUGGUUUGCUAAAAGUUCUGUUAGUUAGUAAACCUCCUCCUUUCUCUUUUUAUUUUAUUUUUCCGCAUUGCAUUGUAUUUCCCUUUUCCUGAGGCUGGGGGAUUUUAAUCCAUGGUACACUCAUAUGAGUCCAGUCUACGAGGGCAUUGAUGUAUUUUAUGAUCAUGAUGAUCCCUCAACUCCUUUCUUAGAAUUAUGUGUGAAAUUAAAGACUGCUGCUGUAACAAUAUUAUCACUUAUACAGAGUGACCUAAUAAUUUCAACUUAUUUUUGUUAGUUUUCCUGCUCAGAUUGAGCUUCUGUUAGCAUAUGAUUUAGACCUUGUAUAUGUAUAUAAACGGAGUUGAUGAAUUGUUAAUA